CUAUAGUAUCUACCUGACUGUGCAAAAACUGUUCGUUAUGGUUCAGGCACUGAGAGGACAACUAAAAUUGAGCUACCCCUAUAUUGAAGGUCCUUCGACACCAAACUGCUUUCUCCGACAGCAAUCUCGGCAAUGGCGGAUUACGAUAACUACGAUGACCGGGAUCGGGCUUACGGUAGUUUUGGUGGAGGCAGAGGGUAAGAAAAUACCUGGACGAAUAGAAUGUAUCAGUAUUACUGUAUGGUGAUGCGAGAAAACGCACUAAUGCCUCAGGUUAUGCAGGGACUUGUUCGAAAUUCGUCUGAAAGACAGGCCUGGGUUCAGAACUCGGGCCAGACAGUGCCAGUGGUUAGCCUCUCACGGCCGCUUUUGAUGAAUGGGAAGCCGGUAUUGAGGGCGGGGAAAAGUCGUGGAUUGACCAUAGCUAACUACUUCCAGAUGUGCGUGUUAGAUUUUCCAUUACAGAAUGUUAGCGACUUAUUCAUGUCGGUUUGACAAUACAUAUUAUGACAUGGUUAUGAUUGCAAGUCAUUUUAUCUUUCUCACAGACUGCCAGCAUGGCACUUGGCGCCAGCAUCUUGUUAAAAAACAGCCCACAUGGGCUGCAUGUUGUGCUAGCAAGUCGGGUACUGCGUCGAUUGGCCAAAUCGGGUAAUAACAGCUCGAGAUGUCAACACGCACCAUUCCCCAAAAUCAUUAUCAAUACAUGGCAUGUUUAGUUAACUAGUAAUCAUUAUUCAAUGCACAAGCCAUUUGAUGCCUUGUUCGUGGUAACGAUAGACAGCUAGCUAGACUAGCUUGUGCUAAUUGCAUGAAGAGUUAUGCGGAGGACUAGCUAACUAGUAUGCUAACUCUGCUAGCUAGUCUAGUUUGGGCCCAGUGCACCCUGCAUCCGUUACUAGCUAGUUUGAUGCAUGCACACAUGUCAGCUAACUAGCUAUGUUUUUAUGAUUUGUAGAAUGUUAGCUAACGUUAACUAUAGUAGCUAUAAUUGCUGAUUUGCGCUUUGCUCAGGUAGUUAGCUAGGUUUGCAAUGCAUUUAACUAACAUAACGUGGGCUAACCCGUGCAUUGCCACUGAGGCCAGACAAUCAAUACCAGGAAAUUGUAAACGUUACGUGCUAAAGAUGUUGCGGCGAUUCUGAAAUGUAUUCUGAAACUCAGUCCUAGUUAGGUAGCUAACUAGCCAGAACAUCAAAAUAGCCUAAUCAACGAAAACACUAUACAUUUAACUAGCGAUCUAACGGCAUAACUACAGUUAAAAUGUGCUCCCUUGGAUAGGAUUAACGUAACUAUGAUCAUAUCCAAGAUCUGGGAGCCACCCCUUGUCAGUGACUGUCAUAACAUUAAUUGUUGUAAUCAUAUUUUGCUUCGCUUUAUUCACACAGGAAAGGAGUUGGAGCCCCUCAUCAUGAAAUACCUAAACUAGUCUAUUCUAUUGGGCUAUCUGUCAUAAAUUAAUUUGACACCAUGGCCAAAUAACUACAGAUGAUCACCUUGUCUUAUCAAAUGCUAUGUAAGAUCACAACAGCCAACUUGGUUAUAUUACAAUUGCUCUCCUUGCUAAUUGUGGGAAAGAUCCAUAUGCCCAACCUCCCUUCCUUGGAAGACAAAUUUCAGUUGAAUGCAUUCAGUUGUGCAACUGAAUAGAUAUCCCCUUUCCCUUGUUGGGGCCUAAAGCUAGGUUGCUGUACCUCUUGGUUCUGCCUGGUCGCCCAGUUUGCUUUGACACCCGAGGAAUGCUGCAGGCAUGCAGGACCCCAUCUGCAUUUCUCUCCGCCCGUCAGAUUGGAGUGCUGUUACCAGCAAGGGAAUAGGUUCCUUGCAGUUUUGGCAAAGACCCAUAACCCCUCAUGAGGAGCAUACAUUUUUUGCAUUUAAAUCAUUUUAGCAGACGCUCUUAUAUCCAGUGCAUUCAUCUAAGUUCAUUAGGGGAAAAUCAAAUACAUAGCACAGUCACUGCAAGUUAACCCUUCGAAAUGGCAGUUCAGUGUACAGGAACUUCUGCUGUUCAUUGAGAAAAAUGAAACAAAUGGCAUCUCUGUUAUUGUUUAACAGUAUUUAGCUCAACAGGGCUGCCAUCUUUUGCUGUGUGCUGCUAACACUGUUGGCAUUGAAAUGGAACAGAUUAUUUUUCUUUCUCCAGUUUCCAGACAGCCUAGUCCGAUUUCCUGUAUUGUAUGUGCAACAUUAUGUAUUUUCCUAUGGGAUCUGAGCUGUAGAUCUUUGGUCUAUUGAUUGGUAAUGGAUCUGUCCAAGUGUACAUCAUUUAUUGAAGGUUCAGCAAAAGUCAGCUGAAAGUAUGACUGCACUAUCUCUGUCCCACGGUUUUUCCUGGGACAUCAGGUUUUGCUUGUGACUCAGUUAAUGUCCCAAUUAUCAACCAUAAUCUCCUGCUCAGACUCUCAGCCAUUGCUACCAGUAGUCCUGAGUCAUUCUUGACCAGGAAAACUCAGGGUUCUGUACGGGGAGUGGCUAUCUGUUGUAGUCUGUUCUCUCAUGGAGGUGUUCGUUUCUGGUAGACCCAGAGGUGGCAGUGGACCUGGUGGACCCCGCAAGCAGAAGGAUCUACCCACAGAGCCCCCAUACACAGCCUACGUGGGCAACCUGCCCUUCAACACAGUACAAGGAGACAUAGACACCAUUUUCAAAGACCUCAACGUCAGGAGUGUUCGACUAGUCAGAGACAAAGAAACGGACAAGUUUAAAGGUGAGCGAGCAUCCAUUGUCUUAGUAUAGCAUAACCUCAAACAUCACAAGCCACAGCGACACAGUUUUGUUAUUUUUCUUAACCAAAUUCAUUUUCUCCUUUUCAGGUUUUUGUUAUGUGGAGUUUGAUGACUUGGAAUCCCUUAAAGAAGCUUUGACGUAUGAUGGUGCUGUGAGUACCUGCAAUUAGUUCUCAGGUCCUCAUUUGUAUCUGCUUCAUAAAUGUAAAACAAAGGGAUACUGUGGUUUAGUGUCAAAAUUAUGGAAACAAACAGCUGUAUGUUACUCAGUCACAUUUUUAUUUUAUUUUUUAAAGCUAUAGCACACACUAUUUAACAUAAAACAGGUUCUUAAACUGAGACUCUGCGUUAUGACGUAGCCACGAGCAGCAAUGUGAACCAAAUAUAUUGUAGAGUGACGCUGAUGCAAGGGGCUGCUCUUGUGAGCAUUCACACAGAGCAUCUGCGCAUGUGCAUAAGAGUUCACUUCACUCUCAUACAACGUGAUGGCUGCGUGACAACUGCGGAGGAGAACAGCCGCUGGUGUUGUUCUUGUUGUUUUGGAAGUCGGCCCGAUCCUGUUUAUUCUUGCAUCACUGAGUAUACCUUUUAAAGGACCAUAGAGUUCAGUCUGCUUCGUAUGGAAAAUCGGAGUAUUGUGAUAUGGGUAUCGUGACAAACAAAUAAAUCUAUGCUGUUUUUGCAUAAAACAAAUAAAACUGUCCCCAACACUGAUAUUAUAAAUGUAGUUUGUUUAUCACCUUUCAUAAAAUCGAUUGCAGUCCAAAGUGCUUAAAAAAUUUGUGGUGACAACCGACUGUCAUUUUAUAAAAGGGACAAUUGAAUACAGUGACAGGUCCAACAGUGAUAUAUUUGUAGGACAAACACUGUUGGAAGCAUUAUCAGACAAGGGGACCACAUUGUUUCAUUUUUUCCUAGUGCUUACUUUUGCCCCUCACCCCCUUCUCUAGCUCCUUGGAGACCGGUCACUCAGGGUUGACAUAGCAGAGGGCCGAAAACAAGAGAGGGGCGCCGGAGGAUUCGGCUUCCGGGGGAACGACAGAGGAGGUACCUUGUGCUAACUUGUUUGUUCCUCUUACGACUACUGCUUAGUAUAUUUCUUACUUAUUAUUAAAACUACAAAGAAAUGUCAAUGACUUACAUCAACUGAUUCAGUGUUGAUCUUUUACAUUCUCUAAUGAGUCGAGAAAUUGAUUUGUGGAUUGUCUUAAUUGUAAAUAUUAAUAUGAAGUAGCAAUACCUCUUGGCCUAGAUUUGAAUAAUUACGCAUCUUUAACAUUGACCUGAGACUAUCAUCUUUCACCUUCAUACUCAAAUCGAGGCUGUCUUAAAAUCUAUCAAUUGUCAAAAGCUUUGCUGUUCUGUUUGAGUUUGCUACCAUCUAAGCAUACAGUACAUUCCACUUAUAAGAAUAAUGGAAUAAUCAAUCAUUUAUUGUGUGGUCAUAAAAAUGUGACGAUGCUUGUACUUCCCUUUUAUAGAUCAACGGAUUAUGUAAUCCGCUAUAAUCAAAAGUAUCAGUCCUUAUAAGAGGAGUGCAUUGCACAAGUACCACUACAAUUGUUGCCUCUGUGGCCUUAUUCUUGUUGUACACUGCUCAAAAAAAUUAAGGGAACACUUAAACAACACAAUGUAACUCCAAGUCAAUCACACUUCUGUGAAAUCAAACUGUCCACUUAGGAAGCAACACUGAUUGACAAUACAUUUCACAUGCUGUUGUGCAAAUGGAAUAGACAACAGGUAGAAAUUAUAGGCAAUUAGCAAGACACCCCCAAUAAAGGACUGGUUUUGCAGGUGGUGACCACAGACCACUUCUCCGUUCCUAUGCUUCCUGGCUGAUGUUUUGGUCACUUUUGAAUGCUGGCGGUGCUUUCACUCUAGUGGUAGCAUGAGACGGAGUCUACAACCCACGCAAGUGGCUCAGGUAGUGCAGCUCAUCCAGGAUGGCACAUCAAUGCGAGCUGUGGCAAGAAGGUUUGCUGUGUCUGUCAGCGUAGUGUCCAGAACAUGGAGGCGCUACCAGGAGACAGGCCAGUACAUCAGGAGACGUGGAGGAGGCCGUAGGAGGGCAACAACCCAGCAGCAGGACUGCUACCUCCGCCUUUGUGCAAGGAGGAGCAGGAGGAGCACUGCCAGAGCCCUGCAAAAUUACCUCCAGCAGGCCACAAAUGUGCAUGUGUCUGCUCAAAUGGUCAGAAACAGACUCCAUGAGGGUGGUAUGAGGGCCCGACGUCCACAGGUGGGGGACGUUUGGCAUUUGCCAAACCGUGCAGAACGUUUGGCAUUUGCCAGAGAACACCAAGAUUGGCAAAUUCGCCACUGGCGCCCUGUGCUCUUCACAGAUGAAAGCAGGUUCACACUGAGCACAUGUGACAGACGUGACAGAGUCUGGAGACGCCAUGGAGAACGUUCUGCUGCCUGCAACAUCCUCCAGCAUGACCGGUUUGGCGGUGGGUCAGUCAUGGUGUGGGGUGGCAUUUCUUUGGGGGGCCGCACAGCCCUCCAUGUGCUCGCCAGAGCUAGCCUGACUGCCAUUAGGUACCGAGAUGAGAUCCUCAGACCCCUUGUGAGACCAUAUGCUGGUGCGGUUGGCCCUGGGUUCCUCCUAAUGCAAGACAAUGCUAGACCUCAUGUGGCUGGAGUGUGUCAGCAGUUCCUGCAAGAGGAAGGCAUUGAUGCUAUGGAUUGGCCCGCCCGUUCCCCAUACCUGAAUCCAAUUGAGCACAUCUGGGACAUCAUGUCUCGCUCCAUCCACCAACGCCACGUUGCACCACAGACUGUCCAGGAGUUGGCGGAUGCUUUAGUCCAGGUCUGGGAGGAGAUCCCUCAGGAGACCAUCCGCCACCUCAUCAGGAGCAUGCCCAGGCGUUGUAGGGAGGUCAUACAGGCACGUGGAGGCCACACACACUACUGAGCCUCAUUUUGACUUGUUUUAAGGACAUUACAUCAAAGUUGGAUCUGCCUGUAGUGUGGUUUUCCACUUUUAAUUUUGAGGGUGACUCCAAAUCCAGACCUCCAUGGGUUGAUCAAUUUUGAUUUCCAUUGAUAAUUUUUGUGUGAUUUUGUUGUCAGCACAUUCAACUAUGUAAAGAAAAAGUAUUUAAUACGAUUAUUUCAUUCAUUCAGAUCUAGGAUGUGUUAUUUUAGUGUUCCCUUAAUUUUUUUUGAGCAGUGUAUUUCACUACAUACUGGGAUUUCAGAAUACCUGCCACUUUUCAUAAUGUAUCCAUUCAACAUCUUACUCCUUUCUCUCCUGGUUCCUUUUCUGUAGUAAAUGGUGCUUGAUCUGUUACUACAAACUUUGAGCAGCUAAACCAAAUAUUUUCUACUUUGUCUCUACUUUCCCAACCAAAUACUUCAACUAGCUGUCUCUAGAAGUAGUACUACUAACCUAGGCCCUUGGCUAACCAGCACUAGGCCCUUGGCUAACCAGCAAGUGGGUUCCUCACCCCUGCCUCAGCCCUAAGCACCAAUCACCCCUGUUGUUAAAACUGAGCCCUGUCCCCCGCAGGCCGAGGGGGCUCUCGAGGUGGUGGUGCCAGAGGAGGUUCCAGAGACGACUACGAAGGAGGUGUGAUGAGCGUUCCGCUGGUUUAGCCGGUUCCCAACCGGUCAUUAGAGCAUACCCAGUUUGACCGCUGCAGUUUAAGAUCCAAGCAUUGCAGUACAGUGGAGUUGGUAGCGUGAGCACCAAGCUAAGGAAGCAAAGCAAUUGCUCACAUUUAUUUGAGGCGUGAAUCUGCAGAAUAGUGUGAUACAAGCAGUAUGUGAUUUCCUCCCCCCAUAGGAAUUCUCAUAGGUUCUCCUAGAGAUUUUUAUUUUGCGAUUUGCACAGGUUUUUCUGUCCCUUGGUGCAUUUUGUUUGUUAUCCCUCCGUCAUCACUCAUACAGGAGGUUCACCUCAUUCAUUCGUCACCUUACAGGGCUGCUCCAGGUGCUGGGAAAGAACAGAGAUUUAGUCAGAUCUGCAAUGUUUAGAAUGUUACUGAUAGGAAUGUGGUGUUUAGAGCUGACAAGAUUUCUUAUCUUUAUUCCACAUGAGAGAAUCAUGUCUGUUCUACACAAUACUUUAUCUGAACGUUCUAGAACAUUGCACUCCUGAAUGAACCCAAGACUGUAACCUGUCUCUUCCCUCUGCCUCUCCUCGUGUAGGCUACAGAGGAGACGACGACUUCGGACGGGGUCGAGGAGGCGGCCGCGGCGGUGACCGACGGGGAGGCGGCGGAGGAGCAGGCAUGGGGGGACGCUACAGGGACGGCGGACCACCACCGCGCGCCGGAGCGGAAGACUUCAGAGAACCCUCUGACGGUGUCACAAUCUCUCUUAUCUCAUAUAAAACACUAGAUCAGAGGUACUCCCAUUAAAGUGUGGAGGUCUGAAGUAAUGCUGGUUUUGUUUUCUCCACCAUAGUUGGUUAAUUGAUUGAUAGAUUUCACUGAUUGGUCAGAGACUCCACUCAGCUGGUGUCCCACGCCUGAAUUAGUCCCUGAUUAGAGGAGAAUACGAAAAUCAGCAGUACUUCUUGCAUCGAGGUCCGCGUUUGAGGAAAAAGCACUCUAGGCAAUGUUUAGUCAUGGAAGAACAGAUCAGUUUAGAUGGAUAUCUGAUGGCUUUGUGUAUUGUUACAGUAUAGCUUUUGUAAAGAUAAUGUGAAGGUGUCAAUAUUGACCUAUCAUUUAAUAUAUAACGAAAAACCCUGAACCAAGUGACCACCUAUUUGACCUGAUAACAUUUGACUUGACCAGUUAAUCAUGUUUGUCCUUUUUUUCUCUUCUCUUUACGCAGAGGAGAGGGCGCAGAGACCACGGCUUCAGCUGAAGCCACGCACGGUGGCUGCCCCACUAAACCAAGUCGCCAACCCCAACUCUGCCAUAUUUGGUGGAGCCAAGCCCAGGGAGGAGGUAAUUCCCAAAGAUAAACCUUAAGAGGUUGACCAGGCCUCAGUCUGGGAGGGCAGGGACGGUGUCGAAAAAUGAAACCAUGCCAAUGGGAUACGUUAACGCCUCCUGUUAGCAUCCCUCUCUUUUGGAGAUGACGAACUGAACAAAACCCUCAUUCUCUGAGUUCAGUUUGAGUGAAAUAUUUAAUCGAGACAGAUUAAAUACAAGACGAGAACACACACACACACUCUUGGAAAAAGAAUACAACACACCUGCACACCAACACCCAAAGAGCAGCUUGUGAAUGCAUGUCAAACUGUUAACAUGGUUUUUACGUUCACCUCUGCUUCCCUGUGAUUAGUGCCUGCUUUGUCUGUAGUUCUGUUGGCAGAAGGUCCAUUCACAUGUUGAUUGCAGUAAAAUAUUAAUACAAUUGAGCUGAAAAGUAACCCAACUUUUCAAUGUUGAUAUAGUCGUAUAAUUAACAACUAUAUUCGACCCUCUGUGUGUUGGAAUUUAAGUGUCUCUCGACCCCAACUCUGAAGUGGUCGCUAUGCUUCCAUGUGGGUAGGCAUUGAUCCCUACAAGAAUUCUGCCCCCGUUUAUAAAACCAAUAUAACAUGAAUUGUUAGAAUAGAACGGUUUGCUCUGAUGGUUUGGUUCAUGGCAGUUGUGGCUGAGCUUCUGUAGGGGGUCAUGAAGGUUUUGUUAUCACAGUUGGUCAACACGACACCUUCAUUGUCUUAAGAUAAUCUGCUCCCCUCCCCCACACACAUAUAUAUAUAUAUAUAUAUAUAUAUAUAUAUAUAUAUAUAUAUAUAUAUAUAUAUAUAUAUAUAUAUAUAUAUAUAUACACACACACACACCAACAAGAAAGCUUGGUCAGAAAUGUGCUGCUUUUGUUUCCGUUUAGCCCAUAUGACUUCCAAAUGUAAAUUGGCAUUGUUCAGCCGUAUGGUCUGUUCAGUUUGGGAACAGUGCAAAAAGUAAACUAUUUUUAUUAGUGGAGAUUUUAAGGUCAUUGUAUCUGCUUAACUAUCCAGUUGUAGUGUGGGAGUUCUUAGACUAUUUUAUAAUUUCUCCUAUUAUUACAUGAUUUAACAUUUCCUCCGGAAUUGAACCUGUCUAACCAUAAUGUUUUUGUUUUUGUUUCCCAUUCUCAAAGCUUGAAAAAGAGGCAGAAAAGGAAUAGAUAUAUCCACGAGGCUGCAUUAUUCUGGAAGUCUACUCUGGAUCUACUGACUUUGUUUACCAAAAAUCUUUCAAAGACUUCUCCCAAAGAAAGCUCGCUGGGGAGUCAGGAGCUCGGUUCCUCUUUCUGCUCGCUAACACAAAGCAGGCCUUCAUCUAAUUGGUAAAAGAGCAGUUGGACCCAAGGCUGCUGUGAGGGGCAGGGGCCAGGCCUGUCAACCUGACCCAUACCCCACACACAUCAAAAGGAACUCGGGACAGUGGCUUCAGUUUGGUUCUGUUGCCUUUGGGUAAGGACUUUGCUGUGUAGUUUUCUCUUACCUUUCCCAAGGCAUCCUUUGUGUUCACCAAAUGAUUUGCAGUUUUAGACAUACAGCAGUCAAAAGGCUGUUCCUUUGGUGUCUUUUAUAUAUUUUCCUCCUAAAUUUCUGCUCUUAUUUGUGAAAUGAAUAUCAUUUCAGCUUCAAAUUUCCACUGUCUUAAAUAUUAAAUGAUAACAUUGCCAAGAGAACUGAAUCCUUAUUGUUGUCUCUCAAUGUGUAAUUCUGGAACCUGAUUUUUGAAAGAUUUUUGAUCUUAGUCUGUUCAAUCCAGGCAAAAUGGCUUCCUGCAAUAAUGGAGCAAUGCCGAAAGUGUUUGUUUAGAGGAGCGGCUGAAGCGCGCACUAGAUUAAAUCAAAAACAUGGGUUAUUGCAACGGUCUUUGUCUGGCAACUUUCUACUUCCACAGCUUGAUAGUUAUAUGCAUUUUAUCACCUAAACACUGCAAAAUGUACAAACUGAACUGAAGAAAAAAAAAUCAACUGCUCUCAUUUGUCCUAUGGAGACUGGCUAAAUCUAGUCUGCCUACCAGUAGAUGGUGUGUAGGAUGCUUUUGAGAAUUUGUGUUGCGCAACCAUUUUUAUUUACAUUUUACUGGUUAUGAAAUGUAGUAAGUGAUACCUUGUUCUUACUGUACUAUAGAAAGAUCUGCUGUUUUAAUUCAAUUUUUUGUUCAUUUUCCUACACUGUUUAUGGCAAUAAAAUGUAUAAUCUUACAUUAAUUUUUUAUUAAGAAUGUGUUUUAAAUGGGAUGGGUGAAUGAGUCAAGGCAGUGAAGUAGUUCUCCGAGAACACAUAUGAAGCAAUGUGAACAUGGAAUAAAAACAUAUUUUAAUUUAAUGGAACGGGGCAGACAUUGUUUUGAAAAAGUGAACACUGUAAAGAACAUGCAUGCAUAUCCAGUUUCAGUCCAUUUAAGUUAUUGUUGAUUAUUCCUUAAAGUUUUCUAUGUUCGCAAGUGUCUUUCUGCACACAUUAGAAAUAACUAGGUUCCUCAUCCUCAACACUUUCCCCACAGGAUUACAAAAUAAUGUAGAGGAUAUGUAGAAUACAAUUUUGAGGCCUGUUAUCACCAUACAGUAGCUCGAGGUGCAGGGACUGGAUCCUUUUCAGUGUGAGUGUCUGAAUGCCAGACAGAAUCCUUGUUCUGAAU